UGAGUACGGCUAAUAGGGGCGCACGUGAAUGUACAGAAAGUUUAUGCAGUGUUGUUCCGAAAUUCUAACCCCUCUCUGGUCCCACAGAAAUUCGAGUGUACUAACUAGGCAGAUAAGGGGGUGGUACCAUGUCGCCGCUCAUGAGAAUGCUGGGCCUGGGGGGCCGGGUUUCUAGCAAGACCCAUCGUUUUACUCAACGGCGAACGGUCAUCGCUCAUCGCCUACCAUCGCGGUUUGUAAGUUCCAUGCCGGAACCGAUAUUCGAAAUGCAGCGACCCGUCAGCCCCGGGGGCGCUCGAAGGAACCGGAAAAAUACUGUCACCGCACGGGCUCUAGAUGUAAACUCUCUCGAUUCAAAGCUGACCAUAAUGGACCAAUAUGUUCGUCGAUGUGGCCGCAUAACACGAAUGUCACUUGAAGAAGCAAUUAAGAAGGGAAAAGAGCAAGGAGGCUUAAAUUCCACACAGACCUUACAACUACUGCGAGCUACGGGUGCAUUUACGCGAGAAUGUUCUCCUGAAGCUCGUACAGCUUUGACUGAAACCGUAUGGAAACUUGCCAACCCCAAACAACUUGAUAUUUCACAUUACAACGCAUUAUUACAGGCUUAUCUGGAGAAUAACACAGCGUUUGACCCCCAAACAUUUCUUGUCCAGUUAAAAGAUGCUGGCGUCGCACCUAAUCGCGUUACAUAUCAAAGGCUUAUUCAGCGCUUCUGUGACGUAGGGGACGUAGCCGGCGCCUCCAAAGUAAUCGAAUUCAUGAAGAGUGAACGGAUACCGGUAUCCGAACGUGUGUUCAAUGCCCUUAUCAAAGGCCAUGUGCUCACUGGUGACCUUGAGUCUGCUAACAAGGUUCUUGAGGCCAUGACUGCAGCAGAACUUCAUCCGUCAUCGGAAACGUUUACGGUUUUCGCAAGCAGUCUAAUAGAAAAAGGUUUUGCGACCAAAGCAUUUGAAACGAUCGAAGGUCAUAACUUAUCCGAUGAGCAGAUUUUGCGUUUAGCAAAAGCUUUUGCACUAAAAGACGACAUCGAGUCCGUAAAAAAGGUCAUAAGCAAACUGCCGCGUUCAAUCGGUUUCGGACAAGAUAUCAUCAAUGCAUGCUUCGAGAUUUUAUCGCACAAGAAAUUGGCAGUCGCCGAAAUUAUCUUUAACCACCUUCCGUAUGAUCCCUCGCAGGGGCCGUCCGGUAACUAUUUCAUCUCACAAAUGGUCAAAUCGGGGCUUUCAUUACCAGACGUGACGAAUUUCUGUAACAAACUUAAGGAGCAAGGUAAAAACGAUGACGGGCUAGUCACAGCGACGCACACUUCUUUGCAAUCGGCUGACCGCAGCACCUGUAUUGACUACGUAAAGCUUAUGUCUUCUAACGGAUACCCAUUGCGGCCGCAUAUGUUCUAUCCGAUCAUAUGCAAGGCUACACAUGAAGCCGAGAUAUGGGACACGUUGCGAGAGAUGCACUCGCUGAAGGUGCCCAUGUCAGAGGAACUAUUGAUAGACUAUGUUCUGCCCCGAGUGAACUGUGAGGAUAGCGAAAAAAUAAUAAAGAAACUACUUGAGGCUGGCUGCUUCUUACAAAGGGCUGUCUACUAUCUUGCGAAAUAUUUCCUUAUCGAAGGACAGGUAGACAAAUGUUUAGCUCUUUUAAACGAAAAUGAUUGCCCCCUGACCGGAUCGCUAAUCACUGUUGCGGCCAAUAUGGCUACGCCAAAAAAUAUUGGUAAAUCUGUGCAGGUAUUGAAUAAAGUUUUCGAAAACCAAGCACCCAGCAAGAAUGCUCGAGACCUCGUUGGCGAAUUUCUUCGAGCUGUACCUAAUGAUACAUUUAAUGAAGCCGUUGGUCAGGUAGCCCGCCAGAAGCAACUUCAAAUUGGUAGAACUAGCUACGAACAGCUCCUUAAACGAGGUGAUUGCGUUCGAGCACUGCACAUUAACAUGGUUGAGGAUGAGGCGUUGUCACAACCCUCGAAAUACUAUAGGGAACGACGGCCAAUACAACCGAUGGCUACUGAAGAAAUGGAGAAACGUUUGAGAGUGCUCGAGACGCAAAAUGCCGACUGGCAUGGUUUAGCUUGCAGAUUGUUAAUUGCGUAUUCUCGAGAAAGAGAGUUCGACAAGGUUGACAAAAUGUUGCAAAAGCUCGAAAACCAGGAGCUAUCCGGCUCAGUGUUGGCUUCUUUGAUCGAUCUGAAUGUGUACAAAGGUGAUCUUCAGACAGCGCUAAAAUACUAUACGCAGGUAAAGAAACUAGAAAAUUUUGUUGUUGAUGACUUUAAGGUAAUUAACUUGGCAGCAUUAAGUGUGCAGGAAGGGCAUUUUGCCGAAGCGAAAGAUAUACUGAACAGCCAUGGUUUCAAAGAUAUUACAGACAACUGUCAACAGAGCGCUAUGCGCCUUGUUCGGGCCACGGUGGAAAAGAACGGAAUUGAAGAAGCUCUAAAACUGGUAGAUGAGCAAGUAAGCAAAUUUUCUGUAAUCACGCCCUCAAUUCUAGGCCCAAUAAUGAAAGCUAGCCUUGAUAAGGGGGAUGUUAAUGAGAGUCUUGCUCUGUUCAAAAAUAUCGCUAAUCGGUACAGAGUUACACCCAUGAAACGCGAGUUUAUCAUUCAACUAAUUGCUGCCGAUGCAAACGAAGUAAUUGAUGAAGUCUGCGCCGUUUCGUCGGAGCUCUAUGGUUCGUUCAGUACCAAGAUUGACUUAUCCACGUACUAUGCGGAAUGCGAACUAUUCGAUAAAGCCCGUGAAUUGCUACGGAAAUGUCCAUUGAACCGUGUUCAACGGCGGAUUGAAUCCCUUUGCGAAGGUUUCGUCGAGCGGAAACAAGUCAAGGAGCUCGAGGCCUUCGUUAGGCUGAUUGCUGAGUUCGGUUACAAUCAAGAUGAGCUUUAUUACCUGCUAAUGCGAGGUUACUGCCGCGACGACAACAUCGACAAAGCGCUCGAACAGUGGACACGGGCCCAGGAGGAAAACAUUAUUCUGUCAAAUCGCACGUUACGGUAUCUGGCGCGCGUUCUUGAACGCAAUGGCCGCGAGGUCCCGUUCGUGGUGCCCAGUGAGUUUGAGCCGCCAGCAGCAGACAACUUUGAAAACGCGACUUCGAACAAUUUUAAUAGCAUUCUGAAACAUUCGGUGGCGGAGGCGGUGAAAUUUCGCGAAGAGAGCUUAAAAGAUGGACGUCCUCUGACAGUCUUCGACGAAAGCAAUCUCAUCGCCGCCCUCACCGAAGAUAAUCAGCUCAAAACAGCAUUGAAAAUUUUUAGAGAAUACCUCCAAGCUUAUAAGGAGGGUGACAUGCAUCUUCGGUCUCGAACAAUUCGUCUGCUUCUAUCAGCGCUGGCGCAAGAGAAAAUGGUCGAUGACUUGAUUUCAUUACGACCUUUGCUUUCUGAUAAACUUCGUAAAAUUUACGCGUACGAUGACAUGAUGUGCAAUGCCUAUGUUGCCGCCGGACGUAUAUCUGAGUGUCUGGAUAUUCUAGAUAAAGUACCAAUUACGGAAACAGCCGGUCACGGCUGGAUAAAUGCUGUUCUCGACAGCCAUCCCGACGCACUUGGGCGAAUUUGUGAGGUGGCAAAACGAUUGGCACGAGAUGAAAAAAACCUGAACAUGCUGCGGUUGAUUUGGACGCACCUGUUUAGUGAUGGAAAAUAUGACGAAGCUGACGCGCUGAUGGCCGAGUUCCCUCAGAUACCUGAACAAAAUUUAUCUGUCAAACGAAUACUUUCCCGAAUGCGUGAAAACAAAGAUGAGGUUAUGUCCGCACGUUUGCUAGCAGUUCUGAAAGAGAAGGUCCAACCAAAACGAGUUUAUGCGAUUGCUCUCAGCGCACAUAUCGAUAUUCUGCUGGAGAAAGGACUCGUCGAAGAGGCACAAAAGCAGCUUAAAGACGCUAGUGCUGAUGGCUUUGAUGUAAACACGUGCCACGCCAAAACUCUGGACACCCUCAAGAGAGAAUUAGCCCUACAGGGCAAGGAAGUGUCGUUCCGCGGUUCUGAACAGAGUAUCAAUGCGUACGCUUAGUCCUAAGACGACAAUUGCAGGGGACGUGUUAUUGAAGAUAGGACAGGAAAGUAUGUGUAAGGAAUGAAGGAUUCUAGUUUCAUAUUAUUAAAUAUAUGGAGGCGCUUAUAUACACUAGUGUUAAGCAUAUGUCUAGGAAUGAAAAGCAUCUGCAAGAAAGCGGAAGGUUUUAUGUAUAAAUAGCGGCAAACCCAUUAUUGUGUUUGCAGAAAAACGCCUUCGAAGAAGGAAGUAAAGUGGCAAGAAUAUUACGCCAAGAACGCCUGUUUUCAAUGAAGCUUGUACGCCAUGGAAAAAAUUUGAUUUUUAUGAAAAUAUAAUGCGAAAUUAAGAUGCGAAAAUCUGUGUUAGGCAUUGUGGCGCCUAAGGCGUCGCACAAAUUCGUUUAGUUGCUUCCUAUCGACGAGUUUCUCGUGAUUCGUAACGAUAACGCUAAUGAACCAAGCACAUUGUAGUAUGGUAGGUGUGUCCUGAUCAUUUGCAGGUCAAGCAUUAGAUAAUUAAUUUAUUGUAAAAACUAUUAGAGAUGUCCUACGAGCUGCAGGUUCGACUUUACAAUAAAGAUAGAUAUAAUAAAGAUCAAAUAAAGCACUGACAGUGGUGCGGCUACUGAUCAUUGGCGAAUUUU